CGGGAGGGGGGGGGGAAAGGCUUAAGGAAGGCUAUGCACUUCGCCUUCUUCUUUGUUUCGCUGGGCUUGUGAGGCUGGGAGAGGGAUCUUUGCAACGAGCUUUGCAACGAACAGAGAACUAUCCCCACCCUGCCUCCGGUCCCUACUCAAAAGGUUAAAAUUCCUGUGGAUCGUUCCAGAAUGGGGUUUUCUGGGUUUUUGUUUCAUUUUUUGGCUAAAAGAUAUAGUGAUUCCUUUUAAAAAUCAAAAUAUGAAGGAAGAAGAGAGGCUUGUUUUGAUGCUGCUUGUUUCUUUGUGACUUAUUAUUAUUAUUAUUAUUAUUAUUUGUUUCAUGAGCGUUUUGAGCAAUGUUAGAUUGUGAUCACAGCCAAAAACAAAAUGCUUCUCUCUCUCUCUCUCUCUCUCUCUCUCUCUCUCUCUCUCUCUCUCUCUUUCUUUUGUAUUUGGGGAGAGGGGUUUUCAGAUAGAAUGUAUAUGCAAUUCAGCUGCCAUUUUAUUUGUGAUGCAUGACGAUAUUAUUUUUACCAGUACCCCAUAGAGCCUCUGCAAGGAAAAUCUUUAUCAAUUCAGUACGGAAGCAAGGUGUGCCUCUCUCCCCCAUUCCACUUGCAUCUUUCUUCACUCUUCUAUCUGAGAAUGGAAGAAAAGCAUCCAUCCAUCUAUGCGCCAUAGUGAUCAAUGAGAUUCUUUACAGGGCCAUAUUUGCUUGAGUAGGACUCUGGAAAGCAGCAAAAGCAGAUGCAUGCCUUCCUCUGUCUUUCCUAAAGGUUUGCAUUAGUUAUCACCAAAUCCUAACCACUUAUUCAUUCCGUAUUAUGGAAGGAACUGCCCCCUAAAUGGAACAGGGAGAGGGCAUGAAUGCCUUCCUUGCUUUAUACAAGGGGACAAAUGUUAUAUAAAAUUGCAUCCACCACUGAAUCCCAGCAUUGCUAAAGGUCAGAGUGCUGACUGUUGAUUUAUGUUGCCAGUGGGCUGGGGGCAAUCUUCACUCUGCUAUGCUUUCCUGGUCCUUUUAUUGGCAGUUGCAAUUAUUCAACUUUGGGUUCAAUUUUAGAUGUAUAAAGUAUCAAAAAUAAAACUUUUUUUAACCGACAUGGUAUGGAUACUUAAUAGCAAAAUAUAUAUGACUGAAUCUCUUUCUGUAUAUGCAUGUAUAUGAGAGAAGCAUACAUGCAUUCGUAUAUGUAAGUUAGUAUAAAUUAACUCUCCUUUUCUGAUCUACCAAACAAACAAGUCUCUAGUAUAUCUGCAAAAUUAACCACCUAUAAGUCUUUAGUAUGUAUCUCUGUGUAUUUGUCUGUUAGUGUGUAAUUAAAUAGAAUUGUCUGGCAAUUCAUAGUAUUUAAAAGUAGCUUUUCAGAUGAGAGAAAGAAAAUUAGAUUUCACAUGGGCUAGACCCAGCUGGGAAAAAAGGGGGGAGCAUUAAUUUUGGCUCAAUUAUUUUGUCAUCAUUUUGUAUGAUUUAUGGCCCAGUUCUGGAGGAUUUUUGACCCAGUUAAAACAGACAUAAAUAAUGAAUCCCAAACCUGAGGCCGUGUUUGCGGGCAGAAGUUAAAAAAGUGAACAGUUGACUAAAUAGAGAUCCAAGUAUCAGUGAUGCUGAUAUGAUAAAGUAUACUUUCUAGGUAGAGAAAGAUUUUAAAUGCUGUCCAUAUCAGGAAACAAGUCCAAUAAAAUUAAUGAUAAUACCUUCCAGGGAAAGAUUUCAUAGAUUUGGAAUGUUAAAUGACCUGAAGUUAAAAAUCUGGAAUAAUAUAUCUCUUUAAACAAUCUUUCCCGUAUUUUCUUGUUCCAUUUACAGAGUUUUGAUUUAUUUUAUCUCUUACACACACCCACAGUGUGCUUUUUAAUCAGGUGUGCUGAGAUCUUUCCUAUUUGCUGAGCUGAUAAGGAAACUUGUCAAUAUUUUUUUUUCCUUAGCGAGAAAACAUUCAUUUGCAAACUUUGCUUUGCAAAUGCAAGGUAGCUUUUGUUUUUGAGAAAUAACCCUCAUUCCUACCUUGCUUCAGAAUGAGAGGUUCUUGAACCAUUUGGAUUUAUAUUGCUUUAGGUCCAGUUGGUCCAGCAUGAAUCUAAACAGAAUCUGACUUUUUAGAUGGCAACAAGAGGAGAGGGGAGAUUGCAAAGAUACCUGUAUAGGGUAGUAGUAAAGAAGGAGAAACUCACAACCAGAACAAGAACCAAAAUUCUGAAACUCCAGUAGAGCUAAAGAAAGAGACAAAGAGUACGGGAGAUAGGUUUUAGCAACCAAAAAGCUAAUAAAUGGGAGGAGAAAAAAACAGUGCCGCCUAUUAAUUGGAUACUUUUAUUGGAAUAUUGGAAAGUUCUCCUUUCUAUUUGGACCUUUAUUUGCCUUCAGUUUUAGUAAAUUUGCUGUUUCAGGCACCUUCCUAAUGAAAUAUACUUAGAAACGGGCAAGGUGAACAAAAUGUCUGCUUAAUUUUGUUUUAUUUAUUUAUUUAUUUACUUCAGGGGAAGAAGCUGGUGGGUUUCAACAUCCAGUUUUCUUCUCAAAUUCUCUCCGGAGAGAACUUUCUUUGCCAGCUCCACCAAAAGAAUUGGCUUUCUUUUCUUUUUGUGGAGGGAUGGCAAAAGGUGGGGGGGAAGGAGGAGAGAGAACAGAAAAAUGUGGUAUCAGCAUUUUUCAGAAGAAAAGUAAUAGGGCUGAUCAUUGACAAAAGCGGCGUUUUCUUGCAUCGCCACUGCCAAGCAGGGAGGGUAUAGCAAAACGGCUGACCGGUGAAUUUUGGUCCCGCUGUCCUCCCCACCUCCUACGCAGCAGCUCGGCUUUAUGCCUUUCAUGUGGCGCCCUGGCAAUAUGCUCUGAGAAGCAAGUGUUUUCUGUUGGGUAAUUCUGUUUACAGCUUGGCGCAAGAAGUCAUAAAUCUUGCCUCGCCAUAAAUGACAAAAACCAUUGGUAUGCAUAAGAGGCCACCCUGAACUGAAAGUACGUGUGUAUGUUUGUGAGUGCGUGUAUAAAUCUCUUCUUUCCCCAGUUCUGCUUUGUUUGGGGUUUAAGAUGACAGUGCAAUUUAAAGAAACUUCUUUGUAUUUUCUACACCUUUGGUAACAACGAAGGCCUGUCAAAAUCGCACUUAGCUCUUAUAGCAGCGCCAACUGGCUGGUUUUCUGGGGCACUUUAAAACCUCGCCCUCCGGGUCUAAAGCUAUGUUUUUUGUUUUGUUUUGUCCUAUUUUGGUCUCUUUAUACCCUACCUCCACCUCUUCGUGUGAAUGGGGGGGGGGAAUAGAGUUAUUACAAACUCUAUUCUACUUAUUGAUGUUAUUUUAAAUAUCAGACUACUAGAGCAAGAGAAUGGCAGGAAAGUGCAGAAAGGGAAAAAGGAGGAGGAAAGGAGAAGUGGAAAAAAGAAAGGUGAAAAGAGAGAGAGAAGAAAGAAGGGAGGAAGAGAAAGAGAAAGAAGAAUAAGGAAACCCCAAGUUAUCAAAACAGCAGCGCUGAUCAGCAUGGCCGUGAGUAUUUGUUAAAUAAUGUGAAUUGAGAGACGGGGAGAUAGGCAAUAACCACAGAUAGAAAUCCUUAACCCGACUGUGCUUUAGAAAGUCUUGAUACUUUUCAGCAGACUGAGAAAUUAUUCCUCCUUAUUCCAAAUUAAUAUUCCUCUCUCCAAAAUAUUCCAGAGGGUAUAACCUCACAAUUACAUCCUAGCCUUUAUUAGUCCUUGCUUUAGUUAUCUAGCAUUUAGUUACAUUUUCUUGGAAUUAGAACCUUGAUAAUUAUUUCGUCCCACUGACAUGGAAGGAUACGGGCAAGUUUAUUUCACUGGUUAUCCAGCCAGGCAUUAUUUCUGAUUUCCACUGAACUCGGAGGCAGAUUCUCCUUCUAUCAUAAAUAUUAACUGCUCCUUUUGUAAAGGGAAGGUUGUGCUGUUUCCUGGAUGAUGCAUAUGUGAAUGCUUGCCUAGGGAAAGGACAACCAGAGAAGAGGGGAAGUGGGCAUCUAAUGAUGGUCACCUACAUUGUUUUAAUCCUCCCCAUGUAGAGAUUGUCCUGGAUUGUGGGAGAAACCAGAAGUAUACUUUCUAUUGUGUGUAGUGGAGGUGGGGUAGUGUUUAUCCAUAUGUGGCAUAACUUUAGAUUUUAAACUAUGCCUUCCUUCUCCCACCCCCACCCCAGAAUUCUCUAUAUUAGUCAUCAAGCUGUUGCCAUACUGGAGUCUGAAAUUUAUGUUUGUGUGUGUUUUACACACAAACACACACACACACACACACACACACACACACACACACGUACCAUCAAAGGUCUGGGGAGAGCGAUGACCUUUUUGUGAACAUCCUUUGUCUUGAUUAGCAUAAUUUUCCUGGCCUCUGAUGCCUCUCUGGCCCUUCACUCUUUCACUGCCUCUUUCUUCUCACUCCAUCCAUUCCAUCUCUCUCUUUCCCCCCCCCCAUCUCUCCUGCCUGCCCCGGACUUCCUGAGGCAGCUGCCUCCUUUCUCCCAACAAACGCCCCCUUGGGCGUACAAGGUUGCAUAGGCAGCCCUCUGCCUUUUCCCAGCGAUCCGGUCCAGGAGAGAGCUUGUCCAGGGUAGCGAGGCAGGACUCUCGCUCAGCCCCAGGGGUGAGAUGGGGGGCGUGGAGGUUGGGGCCGGAAUGAGGUAAGGACAGGGCAAGGGGGGGGACACUCCAUCGGAGGCAAGCUGAAGAAAGACCUUCUUGGGUGUCCCCUUCCUGGUGGAGGCAGGGCGCCUCCGGUUCUGACUCUUGGGCUCGUCCUGGCAGAAAUGACUUGAACUGGUCCCCAUCCCAGAGGAGCAGAAGGCACUUAGUGGUCAGGGCAGAGGGGUUAAAGUGAAAUGGGGAGAGCCUGAUCCCUGGACUGGCAGGGAACGACUGUCAUCUAGCCUCCAAAGACCAAUACUGGCUUCCGCUUCGUCAGAAUUAAGGUAAGCAAGCCCCAAAUAUGCGGCUAUCAGUGGUGAAUGCUGGAGUGUAUGUCCUGGUUGAUUUAUGACCAGAGUCUUAAAUCUCGGUUCAAGAAGAGUUCACAGGCUGGAGCUUCCUUCCAGGCAGUGACGGAUAGACCAUUUCACGUCGAGUUCAGGCCGGGUGCCCCUCUCCCCUCAACUUUUCUUUAUCUGGCAGGAAAUCUCCGGGGCCCGCCAAGAGGAGGCCAGCAGUGGGGAAGUGGGUGGGGAAUGUAAACGGGGACCCCGCGUGGACCAUGAUUUACAGGAGGGGUGGGUAGAAGGGUAAACCAGAGGAACACAGAGAAAAAGACUCCAAACCUGUAGUCUGGUAUGCCGGCUAGUUUAAGAGAACAUUGAUAAUUUUUGGAUUCAACCCAGUAAUUUCUGCAAAAACUCCAGAAACUAUGCAUCACGGCUACUUUUCUUGCAUUGUGGAUCUGGCCAAUAUACCCGUGAUUGGAAGACUGGAUUCUUUGUGUGAGCCUUAAUGGUGGUGGAUGGGGGUGGGAGGAAUAAGUCUUUCCAAGAAAACUUUGCAUUGCUUCAGAGAUUUUAGGAGAAGAUCUCUCCAUCAAGUGCGGAUCUCACUUUUUUCUUAUCCCCACAGUAUUCCUGAAUCAAAGUUGCCAUCCUAUGCAGGCUUUCCAGAGAGCCAGUCUCAAUUGCUAUAAUGGGACUUCCUUCUGAGCUGAACGGGAAUAGGACUGGGCUGUAAGGUUGCAAUCCUGGUAAUGGGUGCAAGAAGUAUGUUCCUUUUAAUCAAGUGGGAGCAGUUUUUGAAAUAAACCUGUGUCAAAUAGAUGCUUUAAAAAAAACAGGCAUCAGCCUGCAGGUUGGCAAAAUAAUCUACUGUGAGUUUGAAGUCAUACUUUGAAGUCAUUGGAUUUGCAGACAGACUUUUUGAUGAUGGAAUACUAGUGCUUCUCCCUCACUGGCUGCUUUUUUGUGUUUCCUUACAUUUGCAUUCUCUUGAAAUAAGCAUUUAUCUUUAGAAAAACAACUAAUUGUAAAGUGUGAUAUUGUGUUUUUUUUUCUAACUUUAAACAGGAGCUAUUUCCUCUGUUGCAGGCAUUGUUGUUAACUGCUUUUUGUUUGCAUUGACUAUCGACAAGCAGGAAAGGGGCUGCCUGACUGUCUCACCCCAAAGUCUCUUUUGCUCAUUGUUUUCCCUGCUUACAAGCAAAAGAGACUUUGGGGGAACUCUUAUAAGAGUUCUUUCUGCAAAGGGCAGAAAGGAAGCAGCAAGCAUCUUAUUGUUUCACAUUUCUUAAUUCAAAAAGUGAAUUAACAUUUCCACCUCCACCCCUCAACAAAAAGGAAAAAGUGUUAAAAGUCUGAAAUUAAGAAGAUACAUUAGGCCCUUCAGUCAAAUUCAAAGUAAAGUUCUGGAGUUUAAAGUAAAUUUACUCCCAAAUCAGAUAAAGUCAGUUCCUACCAACCUAAACUGCAGCUGAAAUUCGGCUUCUAUAUUUUUCAGUACAGGUUGUUUAUUAUAACUUUUGAAAGACUUGACUUGUUUUUAAAACCCAGCAAACAAUAAAAGAAGAUAGCUUUACCCUCUAUGGAAGGAAGCUGCCAUCUGCAAAGGGUUUAUUAAAUCAAUUGUUCUCUCCUGUGUGCCUUGUUCUGAAAGAAACUUGAGUCAACUGAAAUGCAAACUCCUGCAAUUAAUCUGAGUAUGCUUGUGAAGUGAUAGUGUGAAAUGUUUCCCUCCAGCAAGAUACCCUGGCAUCCCACUGUUUUGACUGGAACCUGAGUUGGGAAUGUUUAUGUGAAUAUGAGGACUUUGGAGAGAAGGUGUGGAAGUGAUAUGUUUUUAACUGGUGGUUCUGAUGGUCUAUAAAAAGUUCAUUGGAUUGCAGAUAAGGAGUCCUCCGAAAUCCCAUGCAACCCCUUCUCUAGCUGAUUCUGCUCAGACAGGUAAACAUUGUUGAGUGAACAAAAAAUAUUUGGCUGGUUUGUAAGAGUGUUUGUGGUUUUGUGCACCCAUUCCUCUGCCUGCAUCCAAAUGACCUCCAUACAUCAAAUGACACUGCAGUCUCAGGGACAGAACCUAUUAUGGUUGAGUUAGGAGGAAGGUUCAAGCUGUGGUCAUGGAGAUGGGCACUAGCGGCUGUGCCUUUUUCCAGACAUUUGUGAAUAUAUUCAUGAAAGAGGGAAAGGGGAAAAUAAUAACUGAAAACAUCUGACUGACUGCGCAACCAACCAUAAUAGUAAUAAUGUCAGAUUUGAUACACCCUCAAACAAUUAGGACGGGAUCCUGCAAGGACAGAAGCAACCAAAGGGACAGGCCUGAAACUUCCCACAAAGGAGCACUAACUGGAAGAUAAUUUCUGACUGUUACCCUUUUGCUACAUGUGGAGACUAUUGGAUGAGAGCGGCCAGAUUUGUGUCCCUGUCUAAACUGGCAGCAGUUAAAGCUAAUUUAUGCACAGGAAGUUGGCUGAUUAUUAAACAGAGAAAGCUCGGGAUAUCCCCAGCCACUGUGCAGUUUCAACACACGAAGGGUCAUUAUGGGUUCCAUUUAUCAAAUCUUUUGGUUUCCUAGCCAACAUUUCGUGAGUUCGAACUCCUCCAGCGUGGGACUGUUGACUGUUGAGUCACUCUUCGUGGUGAGCCUGGAAGAUGCAUGUAUUGAUUUUUCUUUAAAAGGCAUUGUAUCCAACCCUUUAAGUAAAGUACAGCAAGAUUUUCUUUUUCUUUCAAUAAAUAAGGGAAACAAUGUGAUAUUUCUCAAAAGGAAAGCAAAAGGAAAGCGUAAGUGGUGCUUUGAAAUCCUUCAUAGUCUUAAAUCAGUUAUGGAAAACAAUCUGCUUCCAACCUCUUUCUUAUCUGGAGGCCAUUUAUUGCAGGGAUCGAUCAGAGCCCUUUUUAUGGGAGAAAAGAUAAAACAAUUCUUAGCCUGCAUGUGGAUGUGAGUGUGUGCGUGAUUAGAUAUCACCCAAAUCUACUUUCUCUUGGAUCUGUAAACCACACAAUCUGGGCUGCCAGUAAAUCUCUACAUAUCUCUUUCUAUUUCUCCCCCCCCUCCUCUUACCGAAUUUCUCUUCGCCUUCAGGCCAAGUCAUGCUGCUAAAUAUUGCUGACCACUUUUUCUGUUAUGGCUUUCAUGUCACUUAGCUAUUGAAAGUAAGAUGGAUUUGUACUAUUUCUCCACUCUCCUGUGCUUUCCCUACACCCUAGGUCUACCAGGAGAGGCCAUUGGAGGAGAAACGUCAUGUGACAGAGUGGUGCCAAUGUUAUUCUUUAAGGGUGUCAAGACCCUGUCAGUUUAUGAAAUAAAUAUUGGGAAACAACGAAAUGCAAAAAGCGACGACCUACUACGACAGCUCUGCGAUCUAUGGAGGCUAUCCCUACCAAGGAGCAAAUGGUUUCGCUUACAAUGCUAGUCAGCAGCAAUAUCCUCUGCCUUCUGCUUCAGCGCUGGUGGAAACUGAGUACCAUCGACCUGCAUGUUCUUUGCAGUCCCCCGCUGCCGGCACCAACAGCACUGUGUCCCAUCACAAGGCCAAUGAAAUCAGUGAGAGUUGUAUGAGGACCAUCCCCAGCCAAUCUCUCCAGCCCCCAGUCCUACCAGAACAGCCCCAGCAACAGCCUCCGACCCAGCAGGCACCAUCACUGCCCCCUCCUCCUCCUCCCCCCUCCGUGUCGCCACCUCAAAAUGCCACUGCCAACACCACCCCUGCCAAUGCCACAAAGAGCUCCAUCCUGAACUCACCUACCAUGUCCAAACAAAUAUUUCCCUGGAUGAAAGAAUCUCGGCAAAACACCAAGCAGAAAAACAGCAGCUCCAGUUCAGGUGAGAGUUGUGCUGGUGAUAAAAGCCCCCCAGGGCAAGCUUCUUCUAAAAGAGCCCGCACAGCUUACACCAGUGCCCAGCUGGUAGAACUGGAAAAGGAGUUCCACUUCAAUAGAUACCUUUGCAGGCCACGAAGGGUAGAGAUGGCUAACCUCCUAAAUCUCACUGAAAGACAGAUCAAAAUAUGGUUUCAGAAUCGCAGGAUGAAAUACAAAAAGGAUCAGAAGGGCAAAGGCAUGAUGACCUCCUCUGGAGGACAGUCCCCCAGCAGAAGUCCUGUCCCUUCAACUGCUGGAGGUUACCUGAAUUCUAUGCAUUCCCUGGUCAACAGUGUUCCAUAUGAGCCUCAGUCACCAUCAUCUUUCAACAAGACUCAUCCGAAUUCUUCUUACAGCAUCCCUACAUCAUAUCCAGCUCCUAUCAAUAGCUGCCCGCCUCCUCAAAAGAGAUACACCGGAACUGCAGCAGUGACACCUGAAUACGACCCUCACCAUCUUCAAGGCAAUGGUUAUGGCAAUCCACAUAUACAGGGAAGUCCCGUCUAUGUUGGGGGCAACUAUGUGGAUACCAUGGGAAAUUCGGGACCAUCUAUAUUUGGUCUAACUCAUCUCCCUCAUCCAUCCUCUGCUAAUAUGGACUAUAGUGGGGCAAUGGGCAACAAUCAUCAUCAUGGACCUUGUGAUCCCCACCCAACAUACACAGAUCUUGCUUCUCACCAUCCUUCUCAGGGAAGAAUUCAGGAAGCACCCAAACUGACCCAUCUGUAAUAUACCAUUGGUUAUAUAGUGAAUCUUGAAAGCUUCCCAAGUUUUAUUUUUAAGAAAUGGGGGGUAAAAGCCCCAAGUUUUAAAUCUCUCUCUCUCCCCCCUGCCCUCCGCUACCCAAUACAGUUUUAUUUGCUUAUGGGUUUUGUUCUGUGUUUUCCUUUUUAGUAAAAUGCGGUUUCCAGUUUAUGUGACGUAGCAAUAUUUGUUGCUUGAAUUGCUCUCUAGUUUCAAUAGUGGAUAUUUAUCUUCUUGAACUCUUGCCUUGUGAUCUCACUUUGAGAGUAUACAUAGGCUUUAUACUCUUAACUUUGACUCUUUUAUCAAAACAGGGUAUUAUGAACAAAUUUUCUAUACAGACAGUUCUUAAAUGUGAAUUUGUUCAUACAGAAUCAGUCCCAUCUGGGAAACAUUUUUUAUUUUAAUUGCACUUCUUUUAGAUAAGAAAAAAAGGCGCUUGAACAGGGACUCCUGAGCAAAAUGAUUAAUACGUGUACGUCUUUCAACGUGUGUAUGCUGGUGAACUUUCAGAUUUAUUUAUAUUUUUUUGAAUAAUCUAAGUGUUUAAAUUUUUUAUUUAUCCCCAUCUGUUCAUAUUUAUAUAUAUGAAGAUAUUAAAAAAAUAAACUUCUUUACCCUGAGAAUUCAGGAAAUAUUGACUGGCUGUAUCAAUGGAAUAUAAGGAGAAUAUCAUUUGUAAAACGAACCAGAAUUCUUUUAUUUAUUUAUAAAAAGAAAUAAUACAAUAAAAUCUGGAAAACAACACAUCAGGGUAGGAAAGUAAUGAAUGUCUAUAGAUAAUCUAGGUAGAAAAUGGGUAAACUGGGAUUUGACAACAAAGGAUCAUUGAUUUGUUUUCAAAAGGAUACACUCACAUUCUUAAAACUAACUUACUAAAUUAAAGAUUUUGUUCUGAAUAAUAGACAUUUAUGAUAGAACAUUUGAUGGCCAUCCCCCACUCCGAAUCCAAGGAAAAAAGGAACGAGGAAAAGAACUCAGGGAACGAUUGAGGUCCCUGAGUUUUAAAAUGCACAGCCAACCUUUUAAAUUUCCCUCUCUCUUUCUUCUGGCUGGACUUUUAAAGCUGCCAAAAUUUUAAGCAUUUCCAGAAGGUACGAGCGCUCGUCUGUUGCCUUAAAACCGAACGAAGCCUCUUCCAGCACCUCCAAGGCUGGUUGAACAAGCGUCCCUGUCGUUCGCGUUUGACUGCAGACGCAGAGGCAGAUUCAGCGCGUAAUUUUCAUGAGCCGGCUCUUGCCUAGCGACCUCCCCAAAGGAAAGCCGCACACUCAGGGCGCUAAACUGCUCCAAGCUGGAAUAAGAUCUCUGUCUGUGGCCGCGGCUGAUUGUCAGCAUCUCUCUUUGCAGAUUUUUUUUUUUGGGGGGGGGCUACGUGGCCUCAAUCUCUCGUCUUGUCCGCGGCUGUACCCCUCUUCAGAGUGGCGGACCCGGGUCCGAGAGCAGCGAGCUAGGGAAGAAACAAAGGCUGCCUCUUCUGGAGGAGCUUCUUCCUCGAACGAAGAAGCUCAGGUGCUGUAACUUUUCUCUGGAGGCCUCAGGCGGCCUGGCUGCAGGCUGUUCUCUCUCCCGUUGGCUCUUUUUGCUGGGAAGCUCUCCGUUCUUUCUCGCCUCCGCGCGAGGGGGGCCCUCUGAAACGAUCGGAGUUUUUUGCCCCCACACUUCGCCCCACGGGACAAAAUGGACAAUCGAGAAACAGUGACGGGCAAGCCUUGUUGUUUUCCUACCUAAAGAGAACGAAACUGAAUAAGAGUCCGUGGAUUUAAAACGAGCGCGUGGGCUCAUAUUUGCUAUGGCAGGGAUUCAAAGCACAUUUGUUUACAGGCAGAUACAAUUUAUCAUCCCAGUAAUGAAGAAACGGAUUCGGCAACAAUAAAUCUGUUCCCGAGGCGACGUGGGCAGUUUUGAAAGAACUAUUCCUUAUAGUUUCUCCCACCAAAUAGGCUGCUUCUCCUCUCUGGCUACAGGAAUUGUGGAAUUAUUACCAUUCCUUACAUCUUGUUAAUCUAAUUUCCUUUCACAUCCCAAUCUUUCUCAUUCUUUCUUGAACGGUGGGCGGGGGGGGAGUGUAGAAAAAAAAUCAUUUAUAUAAUAUAGGUGCAUGUAUAGAACCCCUCCCACUCAUAAAUACACACAAUUUCUAAACAAGCCUUUGAUGUAGCCUAAAAGAUCCUUUCUGUCCCUCAAAUACAUCUGUGCUAAAAAAAAAAAAAAAACUUGGAGAAUCCAUAGAGGGGACCCCCUCCUCCCUUAUUUCUAAACAGAAUUUUGAAGACAUGAGGUUUAUCGGCUGUCCUGAAUUUGUUUAGGAAGAUUCAGUAUGCAGGUUUGUCUUAUUAUGAAUAAAAAGGUAGAAUAUGUCACUAUAUGAUCUGUCUGUUUUGUUUAAUCUCAAUACAUUUUCCACCAUAUUGGUUUCCCUUCCUAAAAUAUUAUCAGUCUUCAUAUUUUCACUAAAAAAAAAAAUCUCUCUGGUAUUUUUCUUCUUUCCUCCCCUCCAUAUCUGAAAAGCUCCCAAUGGCCAGUGAUUGUGCAAUAUACUAAAUUCCACAUUCUAAUUUUGCAUUUCGUACUUACAGCAUUUUAUCUUCACUUAACCAUUUUCCUCUAUACUUACAGCUGCUUAGCUCCAGACUGAAUAGUAAAAACACCAACUCUAUUGAAAAAGCAAAACUAUUUAAAAGAGAAAUAUGGAGCGGAGGAAUCACUUUGAAACUUCUAUCUUUUGAAAAAAAA